AUGACGCAACACCGGUUCUACUUUUCCCACCGCGAUCGCGGCAGCCAGCAUGACCUCGACUCUGCACGCCAAGCGCCCGCCGACAUGACGCGCGACGAGAGCGUCGACACGGCCCCCUACGACUGUCCCCUGCCAGACAUUGCCGACGACGAGGAUUUCCGCUCCGUCAUCAAGAAGCUCUCCCCAUAUUUCCGUUCCGUGAUUGAGCUCCCCAGCACUUUCGAGCAGCUCCGCACGACGGCCGCGGGCGCCCCCCUGCGCGACCUCGCCAACCAUCUCGGCGCGACGUGCCAGAACCCGCUCAUCGUGAAUGCCCUGCUCGCACUAAAAUGGCACUACGACACCGAUCGGCAUGAUCAGACUCUGAGCGACGCCCGCGCCUCGGCGUGCGAGAUUGUCGCCUGGCGCUUCCUCGCGCGGCUCUCCGACGCCGACGCCCUGCGCUUCUGCCUGUAUGAGAUUCCCGAUCCGCACGCCUCGCGCCGUCCACGCAGCCCCGACGAGGAAUCCCAGCAGCAGCGGCGGCACGCCUCCGAGUCGUCUCCCCUGCUGCUGCACCGCGCCAAGACGAAACCGGACGGCGACUACGGCCUCAAUCUUCGCCUCGCCGCCCAGGCAGGGACCUCGUCCCGCCGCUCACUGCUUCUGGGCUCCGUCUCGUCUGCCGCCACCGUCACUGACGAUGACGACGACGAAGCAGCGACCUCGGACGAGGCUGGCGACACGGAUCCCGCCGUCGCGUUCCGCACGCUCAACGCGCUCGAGAUCGCCGUCGUCGCCAACGCCAAGCGCUUCCUCGGGCGCAGCGUCGUGCAGCGCAUCGUGACGGGCAUCUGGCACGGCGAAAUCAUCUUCUGGGACUCGCUGUCGGUGCACGCCACCAAGACGCCGCGCCUCUACGACCCGCACAAGACGGACCUGUACUCGCGCCUGCGCGUGCCCAAGUACCUCAAGACCUUUGAGGCCCUCUUCUUCCUCGUCUUCCUGUACCUGUACUACACGGUGCUGAUACGGCGCGUGUCGGACCGCGUCACGGCCACCGAGGCCGUGCUCUGGGUGUGGAUCGCGGCGUUUUGCUACGACGAGUUUAGCGAGUGGCUCGAUGCCGGGUCCGUCUUUUACGUGACGGACAUCUGGAACGUGUGCGACUUGAUCAUGAUGCUGCUUGGAUGCGUCUUUGCGGUACUAAGAAUCACCGGCGUUAUACAGCAAAGCACGUCCAUCAACAACACUGCCUUUGACAUUCUCGCUCUCGAGGCCCUUUUUCUCGUCCCCCGGAUGUGCUCUCUCCUCUCCCUCAAUCCCUCAUGGGGCAUCCUCAUUCCCUGCCUAAAAGAAAUGACCAUUGACUUUGUCAAGUUCAUGGUCAUCAUCCUCAUCAUCUACUGCGGCUUCCUCACCACCUUUUCGCUCCUCGGCCGCGACCACUUCACCCUUGUCCAGAUGGCCGGCGUCCUGGGCAAAAUCUUCUUCGGCUCCAGCUACGUCGGCCUCGAGAUCAUGCACGACAUUGACCCCGUCUUUGGCCCGCCGCUCAUGAUUGUCUUCAUCACAAUGUCCACUUUCCUCCUCAUGGGCUCGCUCGCCGGUCUGCUCGCCAACAGCUUCGCGCGCGUCAUGGACCAGGCGCACGUCGAGUACGUCUACGUCUACAGCGUCUACGUCCUCGAGGCCUCGACCAGCAACCGCCUCACCCACUUCUACCCGCCCUUCAACCUGCUCGCGCUGCUCGUGUUUCGCCCCUGGCGGCUGGUGCUGCGCAGCGACGACACCUUUCGGGGUGGCCGCAUCUGGCUGCUCAAGGCGACGCACACGCCGAUUGUUGCCGUCAUUCGGCUCUACGAGAUGCUGACGAGGCGGAGCACGGUCGAGGGGCUGCCGCAGCUGCCGGGGGGCUCUAUAUUGCACCCGGUCGAGGGAUUCGGCCGCGCAGAGUCCAGACGCGACACGGGGAGAGCGGAGAGGGGACGAAAACGCACGAAGCGACGGCGGACUGUGCUGCAUUCGCAGGAGAGGACUGCGGUGGAGCACGGGUCGGGAGAGGCGAAGCGUGUCGCACUCGAGGCACAGGUUGGGGAGUUGAACAGGAAGCUGGAUAAGUUGACUGAUAUUGUUAUCGAGAUGAAACGAAACGAAGAAUCACGGCUUGGCGGGCGCUGA